CGCAGGCGCAGAUGUCGCCAAGAUGGCGGCGGCGGCGGCGGCCGCACGCGCCGUGUCUGCGGGCCACGGGCUCCGGGGCGUGCAGCGGGCCCUGCCGCUGGUGGUGAUCCUCGGGGCCACGGGCACCGGCAAGUCCACGCUGGCGUUGCAGCUCGGCCAGCGGCUCGGGGGCGAGAUCGUCAGCGCCGACUCCAUGCAGGUUUAUGAAGGCCUAGACAUCAUCACCAACAAGGUUUCUACCCAAGAGCAGAGACUCUGCCAGCACCACAUGAUCAGCUUUGUGGAUCCUCUUGUGACAAAUUACACAGUGACGGACUUCAGGAACAAGGCGACUGCUGUGAUAUCCUUAGGAAAGACAGCUGCUGGGCUUGAUGGUGGCCAGGCAGCCCACGCCAAGAAAGGCGUUUUCUUUCUAGUGACAGUGUCUUCUAAGCAGGGCACACAAGACCCAACUGCCAAUAGGGACAACCCCUCAGCACCACGUGGAUUGAAAGAGACGGUGUCCUCAGACUUCAACGUAGCAUUCCCCGGGAGCUUGUUAGAAAUGCUGAAUUUGGGCCUCACUUCAUAUGAAUCAGAAUCUGCAUUUAACAAGAGUACCAGGAGUUUGCAAGUGUUUGAAGAGACGGGAAUCCCUCACAGUGAAUUUCUUCGUCGUCAACAUGCAGAGGAAGGUGGUGGUCCCCUUGGAGGCCCUCUGAAGUUCCCUAACCCUUGCAUCCUCUGGCUUCAUGCUAACCAGACAGUUCUAGAUGAGCGCUUGGAUAAAAGGGUGGAUGACAUGCUUGCUGCUGGGCUCUUGGAUGAACUAAGAGAUUUUCACAGACGCUAUAAUCAGAAGAAAGUUGAAGAAAAUAGCCAGGACUACCAACACGGUAUCUUCCAGUCAAUUGGCUUCAAGGAAUUUCACGAGUACCUGACCACUGAGGGAAAAUGCACGCCCGAGACUGGUCACCAGCUCCUAAAGAAAGGUAUUGAGGCCCUGAAACAAGUGACUAAGAGAUAUGCCCGGAAGCAAAACCGAUGGAUUAAAAAUCGCUUUUUGAGCAGACCUGGUCCCAGUGUCCCCCCAAUAUAUGGCUUAGAAGUAUCUGAUAUCUCGAAGUGGGAGGAGUCUGUUCUUGAACCUGCUUUUGAAAUUGUGCAAAGUUUCAUCCAGGGCCGGAAGCCUGGUGCUGAUCCAGUAAAGAUGCCAUCCGGUAAAACUGAGAAUAAGAGGAGUUCUCACAUGUGUGACCUCUGUGGUCGAAUCAUCAUUGGGGACCGUGAAUGGGCAGCACAUAUGAAAUCCAAAUCCCACUUACACCAACUGAAGAAAAGAAGACGGUUGGACUCGGAUGCCUCCAGCACCAUAGGAAGUCAGAGUAUUUCCCCAGACCGUGACAAAGAGCUUGAAGAGGACAGAUCCGUAGGACGGAAUGAUGAAGACCUGAAGUCCAGUGUUUAAGGGACAUGUCCAGCGGCCUUGGCAAAAGUGGCGGGAUCUAGUUCCAGAGGGAGGGUUAUGUCUGCACCCCAGUCUGGGCGGAGGAGCGCUGUGCAGAAAGUUCCCGCCAUUUUCCUUCAUUCAGGGGUGUGGUUUUAAAGUCAUGGGAACAGCAGGUCUUGUCAGCUCCUGUGUGGCUGAUGUGUCUGACAAUGUGAGUUCGGGAAGGGAUUUUCUCUUUUAACCUUAAAGGUUCUGUUUUUAAAAGAGGCACAGAUUGCACUUUUUCAUACUUGAGGAGAUCUUUUUGGUGAUGAAUACCAGGAUUCACUAUAUCCCUUCAAAAAGGAGUUUUAUGUCCCUGACUUUGGCUAAAAAUAUCGAUAACUUCCAGACACUUUUAUGGAUGACCGAAGGAUCAUGCACCCCACAAAUUGGAGUUCUGGAUUUGAGUGGAUGGCAAGAGAGGACUGCCCCCAGGUAGAUGGUUAGGUGAACCAAACCAGUUCUUGGAAUUCCUUAGAGGAGAGAAUCAGACCAAGGUGGCUGUGACAUGGGGUUUGAAAAACUAAAGACAUCGGCAUUUAUUGUGUGACAAUUACUGUGACUACUGUCUCUAUUGAGUUUGGAAUCUACAUUUUACCUAUUUU